CUAUUGUUAAUCUCAUUACUUUUUAGUAUUCCCCCAUUCCUCCCAUUUUGGAAUCUGUUAUCUGUAAAAAUACUACAAAAAGAUAUUAAAUCGAUGCGAACUUGAUGCACACCAAUCCUUAACUCAUAAGCCUAAAUAUAUUUCACAAUAAUACAAAUUACGCACUUUUCAAAGAAACUAUUUGUUGAAGCAUAUGUAGAUUGGAACAACCAAGAAGAAAAAAGAAAAUUGCCCACUUAAUUACAAGAAAAUAAUAAAAUUCAUUUGAUGGAUGCCAUAGCAUACUUAUAAACAACAAAACUCAUUUAAUGGGUGCCAUAGCUUAUGAUAAAAGCUCUUGCAGAUUCUUUAUUUAUCAUUACUGCUUUUUCUAUUUGUAAAUACUGUUAAUUUAUGUCAGCUCAUUCCUCAAUCAUUAAUUUUGUAUAGUUUAAGGAAUUGAAUUCUCUGCCUCCUCUAAUGAGAUACAAAUGUCAUGAUUAAAUUUCAAUAGCGUCUGUAGGGGUUUAUAAUGGGUUCAAGUGUCUAACCAUUUCAAAUCUAUUAGAUAAAUAUUAAUAUAUAUAUAAGCCUUAAUACUUACGAACAUAAACUUUAAUCUCCAUAAGCGUAAUGACGUUCUUUGUUUUAUAAAACAAAUAAAUAUCAAUUCAUGUUUCGAAAGCUUUGUAAAUUCAUCAACAUUUUGUUUCUAAAUUUAAUUACGGAACAAUUUGGAACUCAAAAUUUAAUAGUAAUAAUAAAUUUUAAAAAUGCAUUUAUUUUUUAUUCACAUUAUUUGGCCAACAUAAUUUUAAAGAUUAUUAAAGGGCAUAUAAAACUCGGUAUUUAAUGACUGUUAUAUGAAAAAUUGAUAGACUGCUUUUGUAAGCGGACUACCUCAUAGUUUAUAUACGCGCUCUUCGUAAGAAAGAAUCAAUUUUGUGAAACAAAUAGUAUUAGCUGGAUUAUUUUGUGCAAACCAUAUUUGAACAACAGUGACUAGAGCUAUGGACUAUCAACAGAUACUAUACUUCAGCGUUGGCCAAUCAAAGGACGCUCAUAUUGUGCCAAUUACAGUACGGUGUUCUUCGAAAAUAUGGCAAUAUAUUUGUCGAAACCAACCAGAUUUGAUUAUUUCUCGUACAGCUACCAAAGGAACGCUUGGUCGAAAGAAAUUUUGAAAAGAAACAAACUGAAACUGAAACAGAAACAGAAACGGCAAGCGAAAAGAUUUUGUUUCUGAAGAAAAUAUUUAAAUUCAACGUUUGACUAACCAUCGAUUAUUAUAUAGUUUAUCGUCGUGCUAGGCAAUUCUAAUAAAUUAAGUUCAGACUAUUAUAUCGAAUAGCUGGCAAAUAAGAUUGUAAAUUAAGACCUACAAAUUGUUAAAAUUACCUUACCGAUUGUAGAUUGUAACUUUUGCGAGUUUUGUGUGUCUCUUUGCAAGUGAUUAGAAUUUGUAUAGAUAUUAGAUAUGUAUGUGAAGUUAGGGUAUCUCAGAGCUGAGUACAGGGUAAUUCGCAGACGAAGCAUCCCGACUGCAAUGACCAAUUGCUGAUUCGCGAUCAAAUAUUUUGAUCCCCUUCUACAUAGCAUAGCUAUAAUGAUUAAUUAUUUAUCUAUACUAUUGUUAGAUUCUACUGCAAUAGCCUUUUACAUUGCCAUUGCUUUUUUUCCAUACAUUGUAAAAUCGUAUUUUUUUUUUGUCUAAUUUUUAAUAUAUU